CAAUAAAACAAAACAAGGAAAAGAAAUCGCACUCACUAAAUAAUAAUAAUAAUAACGUAACAGAAGAAGAAGUGAGGUUACGUUGAAAGUGUUUUUUACUCGAAAAUAGUUCAACACAAGAAGUGAAACCAUUUGUUGCCACUUGAUGCACGAAUCGUCGAUGCCCAGUGGACGUAAAGCGAAAUCCAAAUCAAAGUCGGACUCCGAAAUACAAUCGGAAUCCUCUUUCACUUCGAUAGACAGCAGCAGGAGGAGGAUCGUUAUCGGAUCAGUAACAUCAACGAGUAAUCAGCGAAAGCAGCAAAGUUGAAGGAAAAAGCAAAUUUAAUGAACGGGAACGAAAGGCAAAACAAUUGCAAAAUAGCCGCUAAAGUCAACAAAUUGGCGCUGCCAGCCGCACAAUCAGCCAUAGACACAACAUAGGCAAAACGUCUGAGCUGAACAGAGAACAACACACUUCGCAGAAACCAACCAACCAACCAAUAACACGAAAGUGAGCGAGAUAGCAAAGAUUUCCCCCCCUAAGUCCAACUCUCAACUCGAACUUCUUCCCGACAGUCGCAAGCAAAAAAUAAAUAAAAACAGUCCGGCAAUAAAAAACAGCACCUGAGACACACAUCAACAUUCUCUCUCUCUUUCAAGGCGAAUCAAUAAUAUUACCAAAAAACCAAACAAAUUCAAAACUAUAAAUAAAGCAAAAGAAGAAAGCGAGCAAUUGAAAAAAAACAGCUGCAAAAUGGCGACCGUCAAUGUGAAUCGCAGCGUUACGGACAUCUUCUAUCGCUACAAGAUGCCGCGUCUGCAGGCCAAGGUUGAGGGCAAGGGCAAUGGCAUCAAGACCGUCCUGGUCAACAUGGCCGAGGUGGCGCGUGCUAUCGGCCGCCCGGCCACCUAUCCGACCAAGUACUUUGGUUGCGAAUUGGGUGCUCAGACGCAGUUCGAUCAUAAGAAUGAACGCUUCAUUGUGAAUGGCUCGCAUGAUGUGAACAAGCUGCAGGAUCUGCUCGAUGGCUUCAUACGCAAAUUUGUGCUGUGCCCCGAAUGCGAUAAUCCGGAAACCAACUUGACUGUCUCGGCCAAGAAUCAAACCAUUUCGCAAUCGUGCAAGGCCUGCGGUUUCCAUGGCCUGCUCAAGGUUAAUCAUAAGGUGAACACGUACAUUGUGAAGAAUCCACCAUCGUUGAAUCCGGCUGCCCAGGGCUCCUCUCUCACCGAGGGCAAACGUUCAAAGAAGCAAAAGCAAAAGAAUGAGAACUCCGAUGGCUCAAUGUCCAACAAUUCGAUGGCCAACAAUUCGGGUGGUGAAUCCGAUGGCGGCAAUGGCACCAAUCAUGCCAGCCAAACCGAGGCAGAGAUUAGCGCUGCUAUACCCGAGAAGAGUAUUGCCGAGGACGAUGAUGAUGGCGGGUGGAGUGUCGAUGUGUCCAAGGAAGCGAUUCGAGCACGUUUACAGGAUCUGACCGAUGGCGCCAAGGGCAUGACGAUUUCCGAUGAUUACGACAAGACGGAAAAGGAGCGCAUCGACAUCUUCUACGAGCUGGUGAAGAACAAGCGCGACAAGAAGCAGCUGGACGAUGUGCCCACGCACAAGGAUCUGUUCAUCGAGGCCGAGCGCCUGGACAUUGUGAACAAGGCGCCCCUUGUGCUCGCCGAGCUGCUCUUCACCGAGAACAUCAUCAACGAUGUGCGCAAGAAUCGCAUUCUCCUGUUGCGCUUCACCCACAACAAUCCGAAGGGACAACGCUAUCUGAUUGGCGGCAUUGAGCAGACCGUCGAGCUGCAUGCGGCCACAUUGAUGAGCAAGGUGGCUGGCAUCUUUAAGGUGUUCUACGAUCUCGAUAUACUCGAGGAGAAGGUCAUACUGGAGUGGGCGCAAAAGGUGAGCAAGCGUCAUGUGUCGAAGAAGAUCGCAACGGAGAUCCAUGAGAAGGUGCAACCGUUUGUGCAGUGGCUUAAGGAUGCCGAAGAGGAGGAUUCGUCGUCGGAUGAUGACGAUGAUGCGGGCAAUGAUUCGGAUGUGGAGAUCGAGUACGAUGAUCGGGCACGUGUCGAGUCAUUGAAGGUGGUUGCCGCUGUCAGUGCUGUGGCUGCGGCCAAUAAGAAGAAUGCUCUCGAUGAUGAGGAUGGCGAUGAGAUCGAUAUUGAUGAGAUUUAAGAUCAGCAGUUGCAAUUCAUCAGUCUAUGGAUCAGGGGUAGGGGACAGUAGCAUCCAAAACGACCGAAGAGGAGAGAAGAGAAGCGAGUGUAAUUUUGUGUCUUUGUGUGUCGUCUUUUACCCCGGCGAUCAAUCCAUCCCUUUCACCCGACAACAACAGCAACUGGAUGGCGCUCCGUAACUUUGAUGAAUCGCUCGGCACGAUGUUUCGAUUGUAAUUUCAUUGCAUUCUUCUUUACUACUACACUAUAUUGCAUCCAAUUUGUAACAACAGUGACACACACUCACACAUCAAUUUGAAAUUAAAUGCACAUAUUCCUAUAUGGCGCUGAGUUAAAACUUCAACUUCAACAACUAUAAAACACAACAUCAAUGUUUUUUAAUCAAAUCUUCGGCUUUCAAUUGUAGUGUAUUUCUUUUUAGUCGAUAUAUAUAUUUUUUUCGUAUCUCUCACCCUCCAAUCCAAGAAACACACAAUUUUUUUUCUUUUUUUUACAUGUUUUAAAUGUUUAAUUAAUUUUAAGUGCAGUACUUAAGCGAAAAUGCAGAGAUAAUGAUCAAUUAAUUUUUCCACCAUUUCAAUUCGAUUCUAUCAAAUAUGUCAAAUAUUAAAUAUAUUCACAAACAAUAAAUUGCAAUUAACAAAAA